AUGACGACCAUGUCCUUAGCACAAAACCACUACAUUAUCCAGCUCCCCCAAACUCCCCUCCUCCACCGCGCCCCAGAACCUCGGUCAAUUGCCCAACAAUGGAUCACCGACUUCGAGGUCCUUCUCCGAACAAGCGACUUCUCUAAACUCCCGCAACUCUUCCACGAAGACUCAUGGUGGCGCGACCUGCUGUGCCUGACAUGGGACUUCCACACCAUCCAGAGCCUCAGCGGAAUUGAAGACUUCGUCACAAAGAGCCAACCUCAAGCUCAGUUGUCCGGGUUCCGACUGCAGCAUGAGGGCCAGUGUCAGCCGAAACUGGAACAUCCAGCACCGGGUAUCACGUGGAUCUCGACGAUUUUUUUCUUUGAGACGGGCACUGGCCGUGGGUCUGGUGUGCUUCGUCUCACUCAGGAUAAGGAGGGCGUAUGGAAGGCAUAUGCAAUUUAUACGUCUUUGCAAGAGCUGAAGGGGAUGGAGGAGCCUGUUGGCUCGAGGAGGGCGUACGGUACUACCGAGACGAUGCCUGGUGGAUUGAGCCGGGGGACGUGGAUUGAGAGGCGGAAACGGCAGGUACUUUUCAACGAAGAGGAGCCUGCUGCUCUUAUUGUUGGUGCUGGCCAAGCGGGUCUGAAUUUAGGUGCUCGACUCCAGUCUCUUGGUGUACCCUGCCUUAUCGUCGACCGACAUGAACGAAUUGGUGAUAACUGGAGGAACCGCUACAGGACUCUCGUAACCCAUGAUCCCGUCGAAUUCACCCACAUGGCAUACCUCCCGUUCCCGAAGAACUGGCCCGAGUUUACACCCAAAGACAAGCUCGGCGACUGGUUCGAGGCAUACGCAAGCAUUAUGGAGCUAAACGUAUGGACGAAGACCAGCGUAACGGGCGCAUCAUACGACGAGAAAAAGAAGGAAUGGGCUGUCACAAUGAUUCGCGGCGACGGAUCAGAACGUGUCCUGCGUCCUCGCCAUCUCGUCUGGUGCACAGGACACUCAGGAGAGCCUCUGGUCCCUACUUUCCCGGAUCAGGAAAAGUUCAAGGGAAUGAUAUACCACGCUACCAACCACCAAGACGCCUCACAGCAUGAUGUCAAAGGCAAUAAGGUGACCGUGGUCGGAACUGGAAACAGCGGGCACGACAUAGCCCAGAACUUCCAGGAAAAUGGUGCCGAGGUCACUAUGCUCCAGCGGAGGGGGACAUACGUUAUCACACAAGAUAAAGGGAUCUUCAUGAUGCACGAAGGAUUACAUGAAGAACAUGGGCCCCCAACCGAAGAAUGCGAUCUAAUCGCCGAAUCACUGCCCUACCCCGUGCGAUUUGCCCUCGACGUACACUUUACACAACGUGCAUUCGAAGCUGAGAAGGAUAUAAUGACCGGUCUGCAAAAGGCCGGCUUCGAACUCGACCACGGCAUUGAUGGUGCCGGUCUCGCCCGUGCGUACAUGACACGCGGUGGUGGGUACUACAUUGACGUCGGCUGCAGUCAGCUCAUUGCAGAUGGCAAGGUCAAGGUACGGCGUAGCCCGGAUGGCAUCUCGGGCUUCACGGAGCGCGGCCUCAUCCUGAAGGAUGGUGGGGAGUUGGAGAGCGAUAUUGUUGUCCUUGCCACGGGGUAUGAUAACAUGCGGACAACUGUGAGGAAGACGCUAGGUGAUAAGAUCGCCGAUCGACUGAGUGAUGUUUGGGACCUGGAUGAAGAGGGAGAACUUAAUGCUAUGUGGCGGCCAAGCGGACACCCCGGGUUCUGGUACAUGGGUGGUAACCUUGCUCUGUGUCGUAUCUACUCCAAGUUCCUCGCCUUACAGAUUAAGGCUGUUGAGGCGGGGUUGGUAUCUCAGUAG